UUAAGUACACAUUUGGCAUUAUUCCUGUAUAUUUUGAAGAAAACCAGCUCCCAGCAAUGAGCGUAUUUAACCUGGAUCAGUUUCCGAAUGUUUGCCGGUUGUGCUUGAAGCCAGAACCGAGCGAGCUGUACCCCGUGGAUGGUAGUUUUGAGAAGAUCAGUUUGCAUAUUGGAAGCUUCCUAGAUGAAGUUACGUUCCGGGUACCGGAGAACAAAAUCCAAUACCUGCCUAAGUUUGUGUGCGGAGUUUGUUUGAAACAGCUAUCGGACUUUGCCGUCUACCGGAAUAAACUGGUCCUGACGCUUCGGUUUAUGGAAGCGUUGAUCGAUCUGAAGGAUUCCAAUGCGGAACCACUAUCGACACUGUUUAGAGAUAAAAAGCAAGACUUGGACUCGCUUUUCAGCGAUAUUUCGCUGUGCAGUAAGGCGGAGCCGCAGGUCGAGGAUCUUCUGGAAGAGUUUGAAUCGUACGGUAUUGCCAAUUACAGGACGGCAGUCAAGGAGGAGAAGAAGGAGCUUUCGGACGUAGAAGAGGAUGACGUGGGCGAUGAUCCGGACUUUGAAUGCGCCGAAGGCACCGGCAGUGAUGUGGACACCAAGCCAGAGGUAUAUUUGUGCAUGGUGUCUCCCUCAAGGGAGGACUUGAAUGAGUCUUCAAGCGAUGAUGAUAAGCCGCUUCGGAAGAAAACUAAAACCAAGGCGAAAUCCACUGCCAAUAUAGGUCGAAGUAGCGGUUCCAAACGUCGGGGACGUCCAAGAAUCCAUCCGGAUGGAUCGUUCUUGAAAGAGCCGUGGUCUUGCGAUAAAUGCAAGUUCAAAACCAAAUACCGAAGGGCUGUCGAUCGGCACAAGGCGGUACAUGAGAGGCGUGAAAAUCGAACCUAUCCUUGCUCGGGCUGUGAGCUGGUAUUUAAGACAAACGAUGAACUGCGAAACCACAGCUCGUUGCACCCGGAGAACCAGGUGGUGUGUGAAAUUUGUGGUGCCGCAUUGCGAAGUGCGCACUCCUUGAAGGCGCACAUGGAACGGCAUGAAGAAACGCGGAAAUACAACUGCGAGUAUUGCGACUACACUUCGCACACAAAACUGUCCCUAAAGGCACACAUGAGCGUUCACACGAACGACAACUGGAACAAGCGGUGCGAGGUGUGUGGAGUCAUGUUCCGAACGGCAAGCCGUUUAAAGCGUCAUAUGGAAGGUCACACCAACGAGCGGAAGUACCCCUGCGAACAUUGUCCGGCCCGGUUCAAUACCACCAACGCCCUGCGAAAUCACCGCAUACGGGUGCAUUUGGCAAUCCGUCACCCCUGCGAACAUUGCGACAAAACGUUCGACCAGAAGAUUGCACUGCGGGACCACGUAGAACGAGUCCAUCACAUCCAAUGCCACUUCAUAUGCGACAUAUGCGUAAUCACGUACGACAGCCAGGAAAAGCUGGACGUCCACCGGCAGCGCCACGACAACCCCAAGCCGAUGGAGUGCCGCGUUUGUCUCUCGCUGUACGCGACUCAAGAGGAAUUUGAUGGGCACCUGUGCAUCUCCUACCGGGAGGACUACUAUUGCUGUAACAAAGAUCUACGCAACAGCGCCCAGUACAACCGGCACAUGUGGACCAAGCAUGGUCUUAGAACCAACGACCGGGUGAAACCCAUCCCGGGGGUGCUGCUGGGACAGCUGAGGGGGGCCCGCAAGCGGCUUGAACAGUGUCGCAAGUGUGACAUUGCUUUUCCCAGCCGGGCACUCAAGUUGCAGCAUAUGGCCGAAUGUAACCGGUCGUCGUCGGCCCAGGUCGAGUAUUCGAAUGCGGAAGGUAAUUAUGAAAUUGAUACCACCUAUUAG